AACUUGACAGAGUCAGUAGGAAGUUUCUGCUGGGGUCUGGAGUGGAACUAGAUAAAGCAGACCGUCCCUGUAUGACUGGACACUAAAGCAGAACCUAGGAUACAAAGAGUCUUCAUGUCUAAUAUUUAGACAUGUUCAGCUUUGUGGAUUCCCGGUUACUGCUUUUGAUAGCAGCAACUGUUCUACUCACCAAAGGCCAAGAUGAAGAAGAUGUCGAACCUGGAAGCUGCACACACAAUGGAAAAAUCUACCAAGACAAAUCACUUUGGAGGCCUAAAAAGUGUGUGUUGUGCCUGUGUGACUAUGGUACCCUACAGUGUGAUACCAUUGUAUGCUCAGAUGUGUCAGACUGCCCCAAUGCUGUAACCCCUCCAGGCGAAUGUUGUCCAGUUUGUCCUGGAUCCGAUUCUAUUCCUGCUUACUCAGAUGUCACCGGUGUAGAGGGUCCUAAAGGAGAUCCAGGCCCAAGAGGAGAAAGGGGACCUCCAGGCCCCGCUGGCAAUGAUGGCAUCCCCGGACAACCUGGCCUCCCUGGACCUCCAGGCCCCCCUGGUCCCUUUGGCCUUGGUGGAAACUAUGCUCGUCAGAUGUCUUUCGGUUAUGAUGAAAAAUCUGUUGGCGGCCUAGCUGUUCCUGGCCCAAUGGGUCCAGCUGGUCCUCGUGGUCUUCCCGGACCCCCUGGCGCUCCUGGCCCCCAAGGUUUCCAAGGUCCCCCUGGCGAGCCUGGCGAGCCUGGUUCUUCUGGUCCAAUGGGUCCUCGUGGUCCAGCCGGUCCCCCUGGCAAGAAUGGAGAUGAUGGUGAAGCUGGAAAACCUGGCCGUCCUGGUGAGCGUGGUCCUCCUGGCCCUCAGGGUGCCCGUGGCCUUCCCGGAACUGCUGGCCUCCCAGGCAUGAAGGGACACAGAGGAUUCAGUGGUCUUGAUGGUGCUAAAGGUGAUGCUGGACCUGCAGGCCCCAAGGGUGAGCCUGGCAGCCCUGGUGAAAACGGUGCUCCCGGACAAGUAGGCCCACGUGGUCUUCCUGGUGAGAGAGGACGUCCAGGCCCUGCUGGCUCAGCUGGUGCUCGUGGUAACGAUGGUGCUGCUGGAGCUGCUGGUCCCACAGGUCCCACUGGCCCAGCUGGUCCCCCUGGAUUCCCUGGUCCUGCUGGUCCUAAGGGUGAAACUGGUCCUCAAGGUGCUCGUGGUGGUGAAGGCGCACAAGGUGCUCGUGGAGAGCCUGGUGCUGCUGGUCCUGCUGGCGCUGCUGGCCCUGCUGGAAAUCCUGGUUCUGAUGGUCAACCUGGUGCCAAAGGUGCACCUGGUGCUCCUGGUAUUUCUGGUGCUCCUGGCUUCCCCGGUGCUCGUGGAGCAGCUGGCCCACAAGGUCCCACUGGUGCUCCCGGUCCCAAGGGUAAUAGCGGUGAACCUGGUGCUCCUGGAAACAAAGGAGAUGCUGGAGCUAAAGGCGAAGCUGGUCCCGCUGGUGUUCAAGGCCCCUCUGGUCCACCUGGUGAGGAAGGCAAGAGAGGAUCCCGUGGUGAGCCAGGACCUUCUGGAUUGCCUGGACCUGCUGGCGAACGUGGUGCUCCUGGAAGCCGUGGUUUCCCUGGUGCUGAUGGCAUUGCUGGUCCCAAGGGCCCCCCUGGUGAACGUGGAGCUCCUGGCCCUGCUGGACCUAAAGGAUCUACUGGUGAAGCUGGACGGACUGGUGAGCCUGGUCUUCCUGGAGCCAAGGGUCUGACUGGUAGCCCUGGUAGUCCUGGUGCUGAUGGCAAGACUGGACCUGCUGGCCCCGCUGGUCAAGAUGGUCGCCCUGGACCUGCAGGUCCACCUGGUGCAAGAGGUCAAGCUGGUGUGAUGGGAUUCCCUGGACCUAAAGGCUCUGCUGGCGAACCUGGCAAACCUGGUGAGAGAGGUGCUCCCGGAGCCACUGGAGCUAACGGUGCUCCUGGCAAAGAUGGCGAUGCUGGUGCCCAAGGUCCUCCAGGCCCAGCUGGUCCUGCUGGUGAAAGAGGUGAACAAGGUCCCUCCGGUGCUCCUGGCUUCCAGGGUCUUCCUGGUCCCGCUGGUGCCCCUGGUGAAUCUGGAAAGCCUGGUGAACAAGGUGUCCCUGGUGAUGUCGGUGCUCCUGGUCCUUCUGGUGCAAGAGGCGAGAGAGGUUUCCCUGGUGAACGUGGUGCCCAAGGUCCUGCCGGUCCUUCUGGACCCCGUGGUGCCAAUGGUGCCCCGGGUAAUGAUGGUGCUAAGGGUGAUGCUGGUGCUCCUGGAGCUCCUGGUGGUCAAGGUCCUCCUGGUCUUCAGGGUAUGCCUGGUGAACGUGGUGCUGCUGGUCUGCCUGGUGCCAAGGGAGAUAGAGGUGACCCAGGUGCCAAAGGAACUGAUGGUUCUCCUGGCAAAGAUGGACCUAGAGGAUUGACUGGACCCAUUGGCCCACCUGGACCAGCUGGUUCUCCUGGUGACAAGGGUGAAAGUGGUCCCUCCGGCCCUGCUGGCCCCACUGGUGCACGUGGUGCUCCUGGAGACCGUGGUGAACCUGGCCCUGCUGGACCUGCUGGAUUUGCUGGACCCCCUGGAACUGAUGGACAACCUGGCGCUAAAGGUGAACCCGGUGAUGCUGGUGCUAAAGGUGAUGCUGGUCCUCCUGGUCCCGCUGGAGCUACUGGUCCUGCUGGCCCUGCUGGUCCUGUUGGUGCUCCUGGCCCCAAAGGUGCUCGCGGAAACGCUGGUCCCCCUGGUGCUACUGGAUUCCCUGGAGCUGCUGGAAGAGUUGGACCUCCUGGCCCAUCUGGCAACAUUGGUCUUCCCGGCCCACCUGGCCCUAGUGGAAAGGAAGGAAGCAAAGGACCCCGUGGUGAGACUGGACCCGCUGGACGCCCUGGUGAAGUCGGACCUGCUGGCCCACCUGGACCUUCUGGUGAGAAGGGAUCUCCUGGUGCUGAUGGACCUGCUGGUGCCCCUGGUACUCCUGGCCCACAAGGUAUUGCUGGACAACGUGGUGUAGUUGGUCUUCCUGGACAACGAGGAGAGAGAGGAUUCCCUGGACUUCCUGGUCCCACUGGUGAGCCUGGCAAACAAGGCCCAUCUGGUGCCUCUGGUGAACGUGGACCUCCUGGCCCAUCUGGACCCCCUGGAUUGGCUGGACCCCCUGGUGAAGCUGGACGCGAGGGUUCUCCCGGUGCUGAAGGUGCUCCUGGACGCGAUGGUGCUGCUGGUCCCAAGGGUGAUCGUGGUGAGAGUGGCCCAGCUGGUGCUCCUGGUGCUCCUGGUGCCCCUGGUGCCCCUGGCCCUGUUGGCCCUGCUGGCAAGAAUGGAGAGCGUGGUGAGAGUGGCCCUGCUGGUCCUGCUGGUCCCGCUGGUCCUUCUGGUGCUCGUGGUCCUGCGGGCGCACAAGGUCCUCGUGGUGACAAGGGUGAGACUGGUGAACAAGGUGAUAGAGGCAUGAAGGGACACAGAGGAUUCUCUGGUCUUCAGGGCCCCCCUGGCCCCCCUGGCUCUCCUGGUGAACAAGGUCCCUCUGGUUCUUCUGGCCCUGCUGGUCCAAGAGGUCCCCCUGGAUCUGCUGGUUCCUCUGGCAAAGAUGGUUUGAAUGGUCUCCCUGGUCCCAUUGGCCCACCUGGACCUCGUGGUCGUACUGGUGAUGUUGGCCCUGCUGGUCCUGCUGGACCUCCUGGACCACCUGGUCCCCCAGGCCCACCCAGUGGCGGUUUUGACUUCAGCUUCCUGCCCCAACCUCCUCAGGAGAAAGCUCAUGAUGGUGGCCGCUACUACAGAGCUGAUGAUGCUAAUGUAAUGCGUGACCGUGACCUGGAAGUUGACACUACCCUCAAGAGCCUUUCUCUUCAGAUUGAGAACAUCCGUAGCCCUGAAGGAACCCGUAAGAACCCAGCCCGUAGCUGCCGGGACCUGAAGAUGUGCCAUGGAGACUGGAAGAGUGGAAUGUAUUGGAUCGACCCCAACCAAGGCUGCAAUCUGGAUGCCAUCGAAGUCUAUUGUAAUAUGGAGAGUGGAGAGAGCUGUGUCUACCCAACUCAGGCCACUAUUGAACGGAAGAACUGGUACAGCAGCAUUAACCCCAAGGAAAAGAAACAUGUCUGGUUUGGUGAGACUAUGCCCGGUGGCUUCCAGUUUGAAUAUGGUAGUGAAGGAUCCAACCCAGCUGAUGUUGCCAUCCAACUGACCUUCUUGCGCCUGAUGUCCACUGAGGCUUCCCAGAACAUCACCUACCACUGCAAGAACAGUAUAGCUUACAUGGAUCAACAAACUGGAAACCUGAAGAAAUCUCUGCUCCUCCAGGGCUCCAAUGACAUUGAGAUGAGAGGAGAGGGCAACAGCCGUUUCACCUAUUCAGUUAUUGAGGAUGGCUGCACGAGUCACACCAACACUUGGGGAAAGACAGUCAUUCAAUACGAGACAACAAAAACUUCCCGGUUGCCCAUCAUUGAUGUGGCUCCUAUGGACGUUGGUGCUCCAGACCAGGAAUUCGGCUUUGAUAUUGGACCAGUCUGCUACUUGUAAACCCCAAAGGAAACCUGACAGUUUUAAAAAUAAAAUAAAAAACAGCCAAAAAAGAA